AUGGUCUGGCAGGACCCGGAAAACCCUAUGGAACUAUCUGGCGGGACCCUGCUUGGAUACUGUCCCAACGAAGACGUGUAUGAGUGGCAGCAUAUCGACACAGCCACAUUUGGCCGCUUCGCCGAGUUCCUUUACUCCGGCAACUACAAGGCACCGGGUGCCACGCUUGAUCUUAACAAGAAGCCGACAAAGGGGCCCCAAAGAUACCGAAACUGGUUCUCCAUGGCGGCCUACUCCCGCUUCCGCCAUGACCGAGUCGAAACCGGCGUGGCGUCCCUCGAUCGCGACGCUCUGUGGACCCUAUUCAAAGGCCUGAACUACACAUUGUCCGAUGGCGCGGACAAGGAAUCCAUCCCCGUGGAGCCAAACACUGUUCCGCAGCAGAGCUAUGUCGAUGUCUUUCUGUGUCAUGCAAAACUGUUUGCGUUGGCUCAGGAACACUCGCUGCGGCCGCUGAUGAGGCUGACUCAUGAUAAGCUUCACCGGACACUGAUUAAUUUUAAGCUGUUUGAAGAAAGAAUGGGUGACGUGGUACAGCUGCUGAGGAUGUGCUAUGAGAAUGAACAUGCUUCUGGGAUUCGGGAUGUGGUUGUUCACUAUGCGGCGUGUCAUGCUGAGCUGCUUUGGGGAAAUCGUGAGUUUGUGGAUCUCGUGGGGUCUAACUGUGAGCUGUCGCAGAAUUUUAUAACGGCUAUUAUAAAUUACAGUGCUUGA